GUCAAAAAGUGGUCGGUUUGAAUUAUUUAUCCCUCCGAUAAGUAUUCUAAUUUUAGCUCAUUCGCCGCUUGUUAAUGCUCAAGUAAAGCCCACAAACGAGAAAACAGAGCUUGGCGAUCCGGUUCCGGCAGGAGGCUUGCGAUCAACGCCUUGAUGCCCAUGUACGCAGUUAAGGAGAAUGACUGAAAAACUCCAAGACUGGGGAGAUUUUGUAAACCGUUACACGGCACAUUCAUCGCGGCAUUCAAGCCCGGAAAGAGAGGUAGACUUUGGAGAUAUGAGGCUCACUCCUUCGCCAAUCUCACCUGUGUUUAGUACAGCUGAUAAGCAGUUCUGUAGACGAGAUAACAUCGAUCAGUGUAUCGCCUAUUUGAACCAGGUUUGUAGAUGGCGUGAGUUGUACCUUCGAUUCUUGUUUUCGUGUUGUGGUAUCGCAUUCAGUCCAUAUACAUUAGCUUCAUUAUUGCUUCUAUUGUACGCUUUCUAAGUUUUCUUUCAUUAUGUGAAUGAUAUUAAGACGUCAAUUGGCGAAGGGUUACCGCUAAAUUGUUCUCAAGGUUCCACAAAACAUUUAUCUUACAAGAUUUCGUACUUUUUAUUUUAGUUGUUUUUUCGCUUUUUCUUGUAUUUCCACCCAUGCGUAUGUUUUACCUCGGUAAGAUUAAAUUUCCCAGUUCUUGAAGCAAAGUACCAUAUCAGAUGAUAUUUGUUUAUUCUUAGCGACCACAAUUCGUGCCAUUACAUGUUUCUCUGGCGUAGUUUUUGUGGUUAAAUUUUAAAAAGGCAAAAUUAAAAGAUUAGGAUGAUUUUAAAUGUUUCAUUUCUUGUUUUUUUCUCAGCUUGAAUUGUGAUCAUCUCCUUUUGUUUCCUUCAGCAAACAGUUAAAUAACUAAUGAGAUGUCAAUAUUUUGGUCUGAAGUCUUUGACAAACCUUAAGUUUCAGCUCUCUUAAGCAAACUUUGGAUUUGGUUAGCUGAAAAGGUUUUGAAAACGAAAUGGAUGUCUUGUGUCAAGAUCUAAGAUUAUCAGGCUUCUCAGUCAGUAAUUUACCGAAAGCAGCAAACAUUUCUAUUUGUUUUUCAAAUGAUUAAGUUUUAAAAUUUUGAAAUGUGUCCAACAGACAAUACAAGUGUAUACUGAAGCUGUUAUGGAUUGAUUCAAGAUAAAAUGAAUUUUUCCCCCUACUCAGUCUAACCUCAGCCUGAAGAUGUCUUUUUAAUUGUUUUGCGACAUACAGAUGAGUGCACUCAUUUAAAUGUCACAUUUAAAAUUUUUGUUAAUGAUAAUUUUUUUUAUUAUUCGUGUCCAAUGCAUGAAUUACAUACACUAGUCAGAAUAUUGUGAGAGAUUUAAAAAUAUUACUUCUGAGAAACAAGAACAAAAACUUUUGUAGCUUGCAAAUACCUUUGAAUUGUAAUGUGAUUAAGUAUGUGAGACAGGAUAUAUUUAUAUUCCUAGUUUGAGAAAUUGAAGGAAAGUGCUGUCUGUUUAUGCAUGGUUGUCUCUCUUGAGAGCAAUUUAAUGACUGACCUAUCUUUGUUUGACAGCAAUAUUAGAAAUUCAAAGCAGCAAUAUUAGUUACAAAAAUUUUAUUCCAAUUAAUACUUCACUUCGAAUCUAUGUUAUUUCACUUUUUUCAUAAUUGCAUCAUACAUGUGGUUAGCAGUGGGGGAGAAAAAAAAACAGACAAACCUUGAAGCCUCUUAUAGGCUGCACAUGUACAUGGCAACGUUGAAAUAUUUGUUGACGUGUCAUGCAUGAAAUACCUCUCACUGAAUAUGUUUCUUGCUGCACAUGGAUAAGGUAAAAAAAUUAGCUUUUAAGUUGGCGUCAAAGAGAAAUGGUUUAACCCAUAACUUAUGAAGGGUAUGGACCAAUUAUGCAAUCAGUGCUCAAAAAAUUUGCAAAAUGUGUUGUAUAGAGGGUAAGCUAGAGACAAGUAUUGUGUGGUCAAGCAAUGAAUAUGUGUUUGUUUUCCUUAAUAAUUAUACAGAUGGUUAAAUAUUUAAUAGUUUGUCUCUUGAUAUUGAGUCACUGUCAUGCAUCUAAGCAAUAUUUUGACCCAUACCUUGUACUGCUAGUCUUUUUUUUUAAGGAAACAAGUUCCAAUUUUUUUAUAACUUUUCAUGCAAGUUUCACCCGUUUGCUCCCAAAAUCUCAUAAAUAAUUUUUCUCACUGUCUACUGUACCACUUGUACAAUUCUAUGAUGUUAGUGUGGAGAAUUUGAGAUUGGAUCACUGAGAAAUCCUCUUGUUGAUGUUUUUCUUUUUUUCCUUUUACUUGUCUGCUUGAUAUUGUAUGAUAUUGUAAGGAGAAAUUCUGUCUUGGUCACUCAUGGGAACUAAAGGGUUAGCAAAUAAAUUCUUAGUUACUAUGCAACUGUUCAGUCAUAUAUCACUAACAAUGUCAAAAUGUGUUUAUGUCUUUCUCUAGGAACUCAGUGUUCUUGGCUUUUCCUCAUUAUUUACACCUUCUCGCAAUGGACAUGGACCUCCAGAUACAUUUGAUAUUGUAAAAUUGGUAAACAGCACCUAUGAACUCUUGCAACAGCAACAAAGAAACAUAAAACAACUAACAGAUCUUGAGCAGAAGUGAGUCCAAUGCUGAGCUUAUAUUAGUAUUUAUGUUGUACAUUUAGAUGUGUUCAGUGGGUCAUGUUUCAUUAUGAUUAUAUACCAGAUUAGUCGGUGUCAUUGUACAGUAUGCAGCUUUCCUCCAAUAUGCCUUCCUUUUUUUAAGGAUUCUUCGAUCUGAGUGUGAUAAUGAGCACCUUGUACAGACGCAGAAAAGGCUUAAGGUACAACAUUAAAUGCAUGCACAUUGAAUUGGUAUUGUUAUGAUUAUCAUCUCAAUUGAAAGGCUCAGAGCAAGAACGAUCCCUUGAUUUUUCGGCCAUUUUUGAAAGUGUUCAGAAGUAGUUCUCAUUUCAAUGGCCGAAAAAAAUCGAUUCUCUGAGCCUUUCCAUCCAAAAUUCUGAUGAUGUUAGUUUAUGGGAUUUUAAUGAUGUUAUUGAAUCAACUAAUAAUCUGUAAAUUGAUAUUUUUCAUUAUUCUCAUCACUUGUCUGCUUGAUUUUGUAUUGUGUUGUAAGAAGAAAUUCUGUUGUGGUCACUCAUGGGAUAUAAAGGUCUAAAUAUAAAUUGAUGUGCAAAAAUCAUUUGAUUGUUUUCAAUUAUUAUAAUUAGAAUAUUUCAAACAGUUAUAGAUAAUUAGCAUUUAUGAUAAGCUGUUGAAUUUCAUGAAAAUCAUUUGAAAUUUAUAUCUUUAUUGUUGUUCUUGAAUAGUCCUUGCUUUUAUUUUAAUUUUCUUUUUUUUUUUAAUUUAUUAUAAAGAUAUGGUACUUUAGCUGUAGAUAUAUAACACGUUUGAAAUCUGAUCAGGGAGAUACUUUUUGCUCUAAUUUAUUCAUUAAGCAACUUAAUAGUUUUACAUAAUUUCCAAUUGACCUGUUCAUGUGCUUCAAAUUUUGUUUGUUUCUUUGUCUAGGAGCAGCUAGAGUCAGCUCAGAGAGAGAUUGCUGUCAGAAAUGAGAGAGAAAGACAACUUCAAGGAAAACUUGUAAAGGCAAAAGAAGAUCUUAAAUCAGAGAGAGAGGAAGUAAGCAAUCCAUACACUGUACAUGCCAAACAUUUUCUUCAUGAUAUGAUUUUCAAAUCUGCUUGUGAUAAUGAUUUUCCCAGUUAUUAAGAACCUGGUAUGGCUGAAAGUGAUUUUCAUCCUGGUUACAGGAUGAGAUAAGCUGUUAGUUGAACUUCUAACUGCCUUUCAAACUAAGAACUGGAUUAAUGCCACCUCUUCCGACCAGCUAAUGCUACAUGACUAUUUUAUUUUUAAUUCUAAAUUUAAAACUGUAAUUUGGUGUGAACCAUGUAUUAGUCUGUACAUGUAGAUUACACUCAAACAUUCCUUGCUAGAUGUUAUUGCUAUUAUGAAGGGAUAGAUUAAAAAAAAAAGAAAAAAAGAUCAUCAAUAGGGUUUAGACUAAGAGCUAAAAACUCUUUGUUUGCUUGUAAGAAAAUUUUUUAUCAGAGAAUUCCUUUUUACCUUUUUUACUCCUCUUGCAGUUUCAUUAUGUACAAUUUAUUGUAUGGUCAUAUGAAUGUAUUAGACAUAACCUUCUGUUACUUAUUAACAUUAUUAACCCUUUAACUCCCAAAAGCGAUUAAUAUGUAACUUCUCCCUAUAAAAUCUAAACAUCAUUCAGCAAACAGGUCAUGAGAAUAUUCAAACUUAUCAGGUAGAAGUUGUUAUCUUGCUCUAACACCAAAUUCUUGUAAAUUAUUUACAAGGAAAUGUGUAGCAGCUAGAGGGGAGAAUAAACAAUCAGGUCAUAGGAGUUGAAGGAUUAAGAGUUACAUCAGAUUAUGAAUCAAGAGUUUAUUCUGCAAAUUGCUGUAAUUAUCUUACUGCAUGUAUUUGAUUAUUUAUUUUACAGUUAAAGAAAACCAGAGCCAAUUCACUUCACUUGCAAAAACAGUUUGACCAUGAGACAAGAAAAAAAGAAAGAGAACUAUGUAAACUCAAGGAAAGGAUUCAUCAACUCCUUACAGACAAAAACCAGGAAAAGAAAGUUGGCUUGGACAUCUUAAAUUUAAUAAACAGACCUGCAGGAGCACAACGUGCAAUGUGGAAGACUGGAUCUGCAAAGUAGGGAAGAUUUUUGAAACAAUUUGAUAUUUAAAUUUCAUACAGGCCAUAUAUUGUUUUUUGUCUUUGAAAUUAGGAAACUUUUCUUUUGUAAGCAAUUUACCAUGUUUGUAGAGGUGAAAAUACUCAGACAUGCAUCUAAAUGAUACAUGUAAAUGUAUUUUGCAUGACUUACAGCUGUAUGUGAGAAUAUUCAUGUGAGAUACAUACAUGUGCAUGUGCAGGUAAGUAAGAAAGUGCAGUGUGAGUAAGAGACUUAAUGUUUUGAGGGUAACACUCAACAGUGAUUAAAAUAACUGACAAACUUGUGGUCCUCAAGUUAAAUACUAUUCAAUUCAAUCAAAACACUAUUACCUAGUGAAGGUUAAAAUUUUUUAAAAUUAGUUGCAGACUGAUAUAUCAAAAAAUUGGUUAAGAUUGUUAAAAAUAGUUGAUAAAAAUGAAGAUGCAAUAUUUAAGAAUUAUCUACUCAUACCAAUUCAUUCCAAGCUGGUGAUUAACUAUGGGCAAGAUUUGUGUCUGAGGGUUGUAACCUCUACAAACAUGGUAAAAGGCUUGCAAAAAAGUGACCUAUUUUCAAAGAAAAAUAACAUCAUAGGAACUGUAGGACUUAUGUGUAGUUUUCUACAUGGUUAUGAAAAUUCUCUGCACAUUUCUUUUUUCUUAUCUUACAAUGAGUACUUUUUUCACUUUCUUUUUGAAAGAAAUGAGGAAGAAAUGUAUAGAAUGCUCAUCACAAAUUAUGAAGAAAGAGAAAAGGUAUAUCUUUACGUAGUCUGAUGUAUGUUUUCUUCCAAACUAAGAGAAAGUGUACAUGUAAUUUAUAGUGUCUGCUCCACUCUUGAGAAAAAGAACAUAAUGGAGCUUUUUCAAUGUGCUUGUACACUGUUGCUGAAUGUUCCAUUAACCCUUUAGCCCCUAAGAGUGACCAGCAUCUAAUUUCUCCUCACAGUAUCACCCCUGAAUCAAACAUUAAGGUAAGGAGAAUAAAGGAAAUAAUCACCAACUGAAGAAACUCAUGAUUGUAAAACAAAUUCUCCUUGUCAGCGCCUUUGGAAAUGUAUAGAGAAUGGUAUGGAGAAUGUUGAUAUCAAUGUUUGGGUGUAAAGGGUCAAUAAGGAUUUGCAGUUAAAUACUAAAAUAAUUUGUGUUAACAUUAAAAUUCAGGAACUUAUGGUGGAAAAUAAUGAUAUGAGGGAAACUCUUAAAAGCAUGCAGGCCGAGUUAAUAAAAUUGCUGAAUCAGCAGAAUGAAGAUUAUGAAAGCAACACAGAGGUUGGUAUUUAAUUUAAAUGUACAAACUGUUUGCAAGAAUUUUUCAUUUACAUCUACCACAAUUUUUACUUUUUAAAGUAUGUUGUAUAAUUUAGUUACGCCUUGUUAUGCUUCUUACAGGCAAACAGACUUUUUUUUUGUUACAUGUAGACUUAGUGAUAUAGGUAACCACUGGAGAAAAGGCAGGCAUAUAUAGAAAAGAUAACUUGAAAUAAAGUUGUUGUAUCUGAAAACAGUGUUGGGAGUAAAGGAUGUGAAUCUGAUUUCCCUUUGUUCUGGUACCUGUACCUGGGUCCUGUCCCUUCUCUGAAAGGAAUCCUCUUAGAGCCACCACUGACAUGUUCCUCUCUAAGAUUCAACCUUAUUUGUUUUCAUUAACAUUUAUAGGUUGGUGAAAUCAGUGAGUCUGGAUCAGUUGAGGAAUUAUCAACGGGACAUUUCAAUAUGCCAUAUGACAUGGUUAGAGAGGGUAUGUCAGUCUAUUUAGUAUCAAAAUUUUGGGAAUGUUUUUUACUUUGUAGCUGCAUUUUCUUCUGUAAAGUAUGUAUUGAUUACGUUUAAGAUUAUAGUUUGCUUACAUGGGUCACUUAUGAAAACUGUCAAAAGUUUUAUUUAUGUCUUCAAAUAUAAAGACAUUUAUUAACCCAUCCAUUCCUAAGAGCAACAAAUGGGUAACUUCUCCCUGCAGUGUCAGUACAUUCUCAAACAACAAGAUGAUAAGAAUAAAUAAUUCUUUCAGUGUAAGAAAAAAAAAUGUUAACAGACAUGAAGGAUAAUUGACUUUGAAAUCCUGGGAGUGAAGGGGCUUAGUGAAGGUGCUUUAUUUUAAAUAAAUCAGAGCACAAUGUCUUUUACAGGAAUUGAAAGUAGUUUAAGAGAAAAAUGGAGAUUGCUGAAGUCAAGGUUAGAGGAAGCAAACAAAGGCUCUUCAAAUGGUAAGAAUAGACAUUUGUAGACUCCCAAGAAUAAAGUGAAGAAUUUUUUCUUAGUUUACUUUAAAUCUGCUUUAUGCACAAGAACCCUCUUCCCCUAAAGCAGAGGAAAUUUCAAGGUUGGAAAGGCAGUUGGAGAAUUACAGACAUGUUGUGGAACAACAGGAACAACUAAUAGAAGUAUGUGAAAACAGUUGCUUAUAAUGUAUUGUUUAACCUGGGAGAUACAAUGGUCCAAUGGUUUGUGCACUGGACUCUAGGCCAAGAUGUCCUGGUUUAACCCUUUAACUCCCAAGAUCUCAUUAGUGAUUCUCUUUGCCGUCUGUCAUACAAUUCUUAUGAUGUCAAUUUGGAGAAUUUGGUAUUGCUUGAUAGUGUAUCAAUAAUGUAAGGAGAAAUUCCCUCUUAGUCACUCACAGGAGGUAAAGGAUUAAGACCUGAAAUUGUGUUGUUCUUGGGCAAAACACUCAUUACUUUCAUCUCUCUACCUAGGAGUAUUGAUAGGUGCUGAUGAAUUGUCAGGGAAGCCUGAUGAAAUUUUUUUGUUUUUUUGUUUUUUUUUUUUUUUUUGGGGGGUAACCUUGCAAUGGACAAGCAUUGUUUCCAGGGGGGAGUAGAAAUACUUCUAGUUGCUUCAUGCUAAGGAAACUGGAAUUAGCUCUGGCUGGAUGGGCCUCUUGGGUUGGGUACAGACUUAACCUUACUGACCCAAUAACCUGAGAACUUUUAAGAAAGUCAAUAGACCUUUUCUUUGCGAUCUAACUUACUGUUUACUCAUAGCUGACACAAUUUUUUUCUUUAGUCCUUGCAGUCAAAGGUUGAUUCUCCCUCAAAAGAUUCAACUCUUUUGGUAAGUAUUUUGAAUUAUUAUUCAGCCGUAAUGUGAUUCAGCUCUUUUUCAUUAAUAAAAGAAAAUUAUGGUUUUAUUGCUAUUUUAAAGACAGCUCUUGAAUGAUAUUUCAUAAAAGUUUUCUUCCUUCUUGUAACAGGUUGACUCACAGUUGUAUGAGGAACAAGAAAAAUUUGAAUCUGACAAGCAGUUCUUUGCUGAGCGAAGAGCAGUGUUAGAGAAUGAGAGGAAACAGCUGACAGAUGCUGCUGUAAAACUUGGGCAUGAGGUGAUAACCAAGUGGAAAUACAAUGAGCAAACAAAAUUCCUUUGAUUUACAUAGACAGGCAUAAAAAAAUCAAAUUUGUAGAGAUUUCUCUAUAAACGCGUAUAGUCAUUUCCAAAGGAUGGCAGCAACCCUUAUUUUGGAGAGAAAUAGUACUACUGUAUGUGCUAACUUUGUAAGAAGGUUGCUGCAUAUUCAGUGGCCAAACAAACCGCUGGGAUAUUGGAACACCAACACGAAUAUUUUUACAAGCCAAAGGUGAUGGAGAAUGGAGAAAUAAUUCUUAGAAUGCAUAUACUUGUACACAGUGCACUGAUUCCUUUGUAUUAUUUUUAGCGAUAAUUAUUAUUUUAAUUUUUCAGAGAAAGAAGUUUGAAGAGGAACGAGCUUCAUUUUACAAGCAACAGCUUUUGACCCCGUUAAGAAAUCAGUCACUUGGGGGAAGAAAAUCAAAAUGUAAGGCUUUAUAUGAACUUUGAGUGCUAAUUGUUUCACCAUGGCAUAGCAGUAUUUUCGGUUUUGUUAACCGUCUGGCUGUACAUUUAUCUUCCCAUCAUUCUGUGCACCUGUCAGUCUGUUCCUCUGUCUGACUCUGUCUGUCUCUGUCUGUCUGACUGUGUCUGUAUGUCUGUUUCAGUUUGUCUCUUCGUUUGACUGGGAAAUGGCCUAAUAUAAACAGUCGGCUGUGCAUCUUGCAGCUGGUUCGAAGGGUAGUUGACGUAUUUCAGUGUAACCUGUUCGUCAAAGUUUUUCCUUUGCUCUAAUUCUUCAGUAGUCAGUUUCAUGUAGGUUUAAAUGAUAAUUUCUCUUUAGCACCAGAUGGGCCUCGGCUUCAAGUCAGCCCCGUGUCGUUUUCACCUGCACCAAGAGGUCUUAUCUCAUCCGAAACCAGAGGCACUCCUAAUAUCCCGCGGGACGGACCCGUGGAAAUCCCGAACACAGAAGAGCUAUAUAAGGCGUUGUCAUUAAGAACAGAAAAUUCUAAAGAUGUCAAUGAAAAUAAGGGGUGAGUAUUUGAAAGGAGUGUCACUUUUUCUCAAUUCUUUCACACUCCGUUUAUUGAUGUUCCUUAUUCGUUUAAUGGCAGCACACCUCUCAAAGGUUAUUCCAUAGUAGAGGGAUCUGAGAGGACAUCACUGCCCACAAAACAGUCGUCCUGUGGUGACUCUUUGAAAGAAAAGGAGAUUGACUCGAAUACCCCGGGUGCAAAACAAGCUAGGAGAAUCAGCGAGCAUGCGCGGAAUGUCAAGAAAACUCUGCAGUUGAAAAGAAGUUCAUCUGGUGAUUUGUAAAAACUGGUACCAGGCCAGCGCGGUUCUUUGUACCCCUCUUUAGCUGGAAAAGAAAUACGACAUUGGCUCAAGGUCAUCGUAGCUUACACUGUAGUCUUGUUGUAAGAAACCAUCCGAAAAAGUAUUUUGUGCCAUAGUAAUGAUUUGUUUAAGUCUGUAAUCGCCCGUCUCCUUUCCUGCUGAUUAGAUGAAGUUUCUUGCCUACAAAUCUCUAUAAGAGGCCUAAGGGUGAUCAAUUUCUCAAGCACUUGUAAAAGUAACUGCAUCCAAUUCUGAUGAGUGUGUCAGAAUUCUCUUUGAAGUGGCUCUUUGCAUUACUGCAUCAUUUAGUUGACAGAUUUCUUUGUCGCGUGCAUCGGUGCUCCUUACAUGAAGUUAGUCAUAUAAAACAUUGAAUACCUAUCAACUACCAUUUCCAAGUUAGUCUUAUAAAGCUAUAGAGAUGUUUGUUAGAAUCUUCAUGAAGCACUGACGAGCUAAGAAUUGUUGAUAUCGUCAUAUUUUGCAGUAGCUGAGUUAGCACACUCUCGACGAAUUGAAUUUUACCAAGAAAUGGAGUUAGACUAGAAGUGUGGGGUUAAAAUGCGGAUGUAAAUGUUGAAAUGUAUAAUCUAGUGUACUAUACUAGUUAAAAAUACUGCUGCUACGAGUAAGCACGAUUUUCUUAAAUAGUGGAUUGAAAUUGAAGUCUUCCAUCUCUCUAUUUACUUACUCCACAGUCUAGACUCAAUUGAUCUCAGCAGAAUGCUGAACGCAUUUCACAUACGAAUUUAACAGCCUAACAGCCUAACAUGCCAUAGACUUCUUUGUCUCUCAGUCAGUCACCAUCGAUCAAGAAAUUGAGAGGACUCAGUUUUUUUUUUUCCACUCUCAUUACAAGUUAAAUAACGAAUCUCCUCCUUCGAUGACCAUAAAAAUUUGUAAUCUCCUCAAUCGAUUCUACUUGCAAUAUGGUCUGUAAUGUACAUUUCUUUAUGAUAUUUCCUAAGGAGCUGACAAGAAUUUUUUUUUUUAAGAGGUUCUUUAGUAGGUGAUCAUUUCCUUUAUUCUCUCGACUUUAUGUUAAAUUUCAGGGGUGAGAAGGUAAAGAAAAGUCAAAUGCUAGUCACUGACGGGUCAAAGGGUUAAUUAAUGCACUGUUCGACAAGCAGGUAACGAAAACCAAGAUAACUAUCUUAUUGUAUAGCCUGCAGUGCAAGCGUCUCAUCAGGGUGAGCUAUCGUUAUAAGCUCUCGAUCGUUUAUCCCAUCGGCCAUGUUUGAUUUGGUGUCAAAGUGGAC